AUGCACGCCGAAAUUAUAUUGCUUUUGCUCGUGAUAGUGGCUGGCGUUUUUCCUAAACCUUUGGAUGAUUCAGAGAAUAUACAAUAUAUGAGGCCAUAUAAUAAAGUACAUAAUGUAGAGAGGAGGUUCAUUAACCCCUCAUUGACGUCUGGUGGCUUCGACGACAUCGGGGUCACCAAGAUGAGGACCAAACGAAGUGAAGAAGAUUGUGAGAGAUUGGCCCUGUGCAGACUCCACGCGCGGUCCGGCCGUAAUUUCUUUGCAACAUAUUCACUUUAUUUCGUCAAUAAAGAGAACGCGAGACUUUGGGAUCACCACGUGCACAGUCUCGCUGACUGCAGCCGGCGGUUUCAUUGCUGACAGAUAAAUUGUCAAGCAGAAUAUUAAUGAAUGGUUAUAAUAGUGAAUAGUUUAAUAAUGAUUAGUGUUGAAUGUGUGAAUAACUAUACCAAAAGUUGACUGAUAGAAUAUGUUUGUAAUCUUUGGUCUCCUGUGAUGUUGACUAAUCUUUUCGCUAUUUCCUUAAAAAGCCAUAUAGCGCUAGGACUCCACGGACUAAGGGUCCCAAUACCGAAUGGGCCAAAAUCAGGUAAAGCCGUCAAAAUCAGCCUAGACCCCUGAAUUUGCUUGCUUUAGCAUUUGCGGCCGCUUCACAAGCCACACCAGCUCUGUUGUUGGUUCCAUGUUGAUUAUUAUAUUUUCCAUUUCUAAGUCAUAGUGUAAGAAUGUGAAAUUGUAAAUAAAAAACCUUUAUAAACAACAUACCGUUUUAUUCUCACCCUUAAUAAUAAUACAGGAAUUCACACAGCAUAUAAAUGCAAUUCAUAAAUUAUUUAAAAUCAACCAACAAUUUUUAUAAUAAAUAAAUUCACAUGCAUCCCAUAAUAUUUAUUGGAAAUAAGAAAUUCAUUGGAGAAUGGUUUUUAAUAUAAAUAAAAUUAGAGUUUAAUAUAAUAUGUACCUGAUUUACAGCCUUUCUGAACGUGUAGACUAUAUGAACAUACCAAUUGGUAAUAUCUCUAAACUUACAUGCAAAUAUCUUACAACCCAAUACAAUUCAUCUUUACAUAGUAUGGUAAUAACUUUGCACUCCGCAACCUCUCUUAAUAUUAUUAAGUAUUACCUUCUUUUAUACCAAAUAAAAGAAGAAAAAAAAACAAUACUAACCCAGGACACUUCCAACAGCGCCAUCUAGUCCCAAGCUAAGCAGAGCUUGUGUUAUCUUUUCGUAGUUUUAAAAAAAGUUGUGUUGUCUGUUCAUUUAUAUCUUUUAAAUUAUGUAACAGAUUUUAAUGCAGUUUUCAGCAAUAGAUAGAGUGAUUCAUGAAGAAGGUUUAUAUGUAUAAUACAUGCGUGUUAUAGUAUAGAACAAGAGAAGAAAUUCUAUUUGUAAUGCAUCCGAGCGAAGCCGAGUGAAUUCGCUAAUUAUAUACAUAUACCAGCAGACUCGGCUAGCGUUGCUGUGGCUAAGUUUCUUGAUAAAAUAAUAUUGCAACUAUAUAUUGAGAUGUAAACUAUCCUAUCUAUCAAGUUGAAUCAAAGUGCAUACAAUGUACAAAACAAAUUUGCAAUCAAUCGCAGACAAACAAUGUGACAAGUAAUUUUUUUUUAUAAAGAUUUAACAGACAAAAGGCUGUUAAAAUGUUUAUAAUAAUAAAAAUAAAACAAUAAAUUUGUUUAAUAAUGAAAUAAUAAAAUGUAAUACUAAUUAUAGUGAAAAAUUCAUUUAAAACACAUAUCUUAUAAAAAGAUAUGACCCAUUUUCGAGCAUCCCUUAUUUUUAUCAGUUUUAAUCCUACACAGUCCAGUCUACCUAUAAACUAUUUGAUUAUAAUUAGGUAACUCAUUUGUUAUAUUUAAUGGUUACUUUAAUUAGGGAUUGAUUGAUUUAUUACUCGAUCGUCAUCACUUGCACUUGAAUAUAUUUUGUAUGGAACAUAUCUGUUUUAAUGACUUUUAUUCUACAAGUUUUUUUUAUACUAGUCAAUCUUUGUUUUUUUCAAAAGAGGUGUUAUUUUGCUGAAAUAACUUCAGCAAUAUUUUUUUUUUAUCCUACUAUGGUGACAAUCGGAGGAUGGAGGAUGGAAAGAAUUAGCUGGAAGGAUAAAGUAAGAAACGAAGAAGUACUACACAGGGUAAAAGAAAAAAGACAAAUAUUGAACACCAUAGAAAA